UAUUACAUAAGAUGUUUGCAUAAGCUCAAAAAUAAGCUAAUCCAAACGGGCCCUUAGUUCUUUUCCUUGUCUCAAUGCUACCAUUCCUGAGCGUGAGUAGAGUGUGUUAAGAGUAGGUCUGAAAAUAAUUUUAUAAGUGGGUGUUAGGACUGUUCAUGGUUCAGUUCAGACAGAAAACUAAACCGAACCAUAACAAUGUUUCAGAAGAACCGAACCGAAAUGCUAUAGUCUUCUCCGAACCGAACUGAACUGGAUUAAUGGUUCGGUGAACCGGUUCUUAGUUUCGAACUGAACCAAACUGUUGUCAUACAGUUUUUUCCCAAACCAUUUUUUUGGGUGAACCGAACUGUUUUUAAGACAUCCUUAUGUUGCUAGUAAUAAUAUAACAUCAUAUUUAAAGCUUUACCACAAGAUGUAUUCUGGCCUUCUAUGAUGCUUGAAUUUCAUUUGGACUGUAACUCUAUUCUAUUUUAGCUGACUGAAAAUUUAUCAUGCAAAUGUAAUCACAAAGCUGCCAUAUUCUGUGUUUUUGGUAUCUUAUGAAGACUUGUUCUCUCCAUAUGCAAGUUUUUGGUAUGUUAUGAAGACUGGUUUACUAACUCUUCCUUUGUUACAGGCUCAAACGGUUGAGAUAAUACUAUGUAUGUUACUUUAGAAUAUUUUCUGUCCCUAAAUCUAAAAAAAUGAGGUGAAAAAUAUAUGGUUAAAAGUCAAUUUUUUGCUUCUAUCAAAUAGACACAUUGAAUGUCUUGAUCUUAAUUUGUGUGAUUGAUUCAGCUGAGGCAUGAUGCACUAAAUAUGGCAGGGCCUGAAGCUAGUUUUAGACCACAGGAAGAGACCUAUAAUGCAAAGUUGUUAAACUGCGGUUAUAGCGGCUCUAUUGUGUAGCAGAAUUUUAAUUAAUCACUAUUGUUCUGUGUUGCGCUAUUUAGUAUGAAGUGUUGCAAAUGCUGGCGUCACAGAUUUUGAACAAACCAAAUUUUCCAAGAUCCGUGAUUGACAAUACUGAUAAUGAAAAGUAAUAACCUGACUUACCUAUGAUGGCCUGUGGUUUGUUACUGGAACUUUUUGUCUUGAAGUUUAUAUGUGUCUACUUGGGAUUGUUGACCUUCGUUCUGUUGUCAUUGGCUUACCUAAAGAUCUAUGAUCUAUCCAGGGACAUGGCUUCCAUUAGAGUUUUUUACUUUGAGAAAUGUGGUAAGAUGUAGUUUGCUUACCAAAUAAUCAAUAAUUCUUACAAGGGGAUUGAACCGAAUGGGAGCUAAGAGCCCUCCCUCGUGCGUGGCCUUCACGCAUCAAUUCGGCUGCAAGUCGCUGCGUGGCCUUCACGCCCGCGUCGCCUCUCCUCAGGUCUCCUUCGUUCCCUUUUCGUUCUGUAAGCUUUUCGCGUUCUCCUUUUGGGAUCGUCUGGAUUCGGCAGAAAGGUUUGUGCAGAAAACUUUCGAUUUCUAUCUCCUUUUCAAUUUCCUUUUUGAUCUCCUUUUCAAUUUCCUUUUCGAUUUCCUUUGUCUCCUUUUUGAUAUAUAUGGAUGGGUUUGGGUUUCGUUUUCAUUCAUUCGCUUUCUCUCUCUCUCUCUCUCGCUCUCUCUUUCUUUGUUGUUUGUUUUGGGGUUGUCUCAGAUGGCUGGUAGGUUUGUGCGAUGCAGUGCCCGGAAGAACUUCCUGACGUUUCAAGGUCUGGGUCGCAAGGAUUUGGGAGGUAACUGGUUAUCUGAGUUCGUCUUGAUUCCAAGAACUUCUUGGAGUUUCAAGGUCAGGGUUACAAGGAUUUGGGAGGUGACUGGUUAUCUGAGGGAAUGGUUCUUCUUGAUGCUAAGGGUGGAAAAAUUCACACUACUGUUCGGAAGCAGCUGCUAUACCUGUUUCAGAGGAAGUUGGAGAAAAGACUUGUCUAUGUUUUGUUUGUGGUUGAUGCCAAGCUUACGAGGAUAGAAUUUCUACAUUCGAAGGGAUUACUGCACAAAGAUAUCAAACCAGAUAAUUUCCUCAUGGGUCUUGGGAAGAAAGCAACUCAGGUUUGUAUGAUUGAUUUUGGACUUUCAAAAGGAUAUAUGGAUCCUAUCAGUUACAGGCAUAUCCCUUACAAAGAGAACAAAAACUUAACAGGAACAGCGUGUUAUGCAAGUUGCAAUACUCAUAAAGGAAUUGAGCAAAGUCGCAGAGAUGAUUUGGAGUCUCUUGGCUAUGUUCUUUUGUACUUUUUAAGAGGAAGCCUUCCUUGGCAGGGUCUGCAAGCUGCCACCAGAAUGCAAAAAUAUGAAAAUUUUUACGAUAUGAAGUUCUCAACUCGUGUUGAGGUACUUUUGCAAGUCAUAUCCCAUGGAGUUUGCGUCUUACUUUCAUUAUUGCCGCUCCUUGUCAUUUGAUCAACGACCAGAUUAUGGAUAUUUGAAGCGCCUGUUUCGUGAAUUGUUGUUCACUUCUAAAGGAUAUGAGGCUGACUAUUUAUAUGACUGGACGAUUUUAAAAUAUCAGGAGAUUAUACAGGCAAAGGAACAAAAUCUAUCAAUUGUGCGUGAUUCCUUAAUUUGCCGAGUUUGAAUUUCCAUUUUGAAAGUUUGUGAAGAUUAGUAAACUUAGUUAGGAUCAUUGUAUAAAGUGUACCUUACACUUAUUGUAAUCAACUUUUCUCAUUGUAUCAAUUCGAAAUAAUCAAUCUUUCUCUCAA